CGUUCUGUGACACGCGCACACGCAGACGCACAAAGCAUCCAGCAGCACACCAGCUGGUUAAGUUGUCCUCUUCCUGUCCUUCUCCUUCAUUCUCCAGCAGCUCCAGCCUCAAAUACCCAGACUACUGACAUCCCAGCGACUCUUCCGCUCCCAGCCGAGACUUCCUCACACGGCUCGUGACCGUCUGUUUACGCCGGUGACUGCGGAUUUCUCCUUUCUCCUCGCGGGGAUCUUGCGAGCGGACGUAAUUAUCUGACAUUAAACCCGCUCGGACACCAUUUCGCAUCGGCAACUACAAUCCUUUAUUUUCUUGUGGUGUACCUGCACCGGUCCGAGUUGAGAAGAGCAACAGCCUCUGGCGGAGCAUCAGUGAGAAAGACAAGUUCUAAACCGGACUGCAGUCAUGGAUGAGAUGGACCUUCCCCAGAUGAAGAAGGAGGUGGAGAGCCUCAAGUACCAGUUGGCUUUCAAAAGAGAGAAGUCCUCCAAAACAGUGACAGAUUUGGUGAAGUGGAUAGAGGACGGCGUCCCGGAGGAUCCCUUUCUGAAUCCUGAGUUAAUGAAGAACAACCCGUGGGUGGAGAAAGGGAAGUGCAUCCUUCUGUAGGAGAACGCACCAGCCGCUUCCCUUGCAACUUGGCCCGCGGCACAGACCUCCAGAUGCCCCUCGACCCCAGGACUCCGCCGCACAACCUCUCACCGUGAAUGUAUAACAGUCCCAAGCGCACACACCCCGUCAAGGCCACACAAACACACACUUUUUGACUGCCACACUUUUCACUGCAAGUUCAUUCUUGCCACGUGAAUGCAUAACGAUUACUCGACAACGAUCAAUACAGCUACUAGAUGUCCUUAUAUACGACAAGCUACUUAUGCAGCCGCAAGGCACAAUGUUUCAUCCUGUCUUUGCAAUGAACAUCAUGCUUUCAUUUACUCAUGCUUGAUGAGCUAAUGUACGCUACUAAGCUUUGGCACUGUCAGGCACUGAAGUUCCGCAAGCUUUUAUUUUCAAUGAGAAAUACAGUUUGAACUACAUGCUGCUCACUGAAACUCACUUUUUAUACUCGAAAGUAAACCGAUUCUUUAGUUUGGUGGCUGACAUGAUGCCUUACAGUUGCAAAUGGUCCUUAUUUGCAUCAAUGCUGGUGAUUAUCUUGGUUUACAGAAAGGAUUCAUAAUAAUUGAACCCCCCCUCAUUUGCUUGAAUUAAUACGCCAUGGAAAGACUUCAUGAAGAUUGUAGUGUGGACUGUCUACUUCCUUCUACACCUUUUGGAGACGUUUCAUUCUGACAUUUUGAAUCCACUUUAGGGUACUUGUAGUAAAGUACAAGCCUUUUCUACAAACAUGAAUGUGACAGCGUGACUUCCAGUGAUGUUAAGUAAGGCCCAGUUCUAAGUGUGUUGCUUAUUAGUAUUUACUAAUAUGUGAAUCACAAUUUUCACCGGCACACUAUUUGACUGCUCCAAAUGAACACGAAGCGGGAUUGGCAAUUUAAAUGAACUGCAAUAUGUAAGCCACAAGCUCUUGUGACAGAAUUAGA